CUGGAUGUUGAAAUGUUUGGCCAACAUUAACCUUAUGUUAGAGCUAAAGUCUCAAGUUUAAGGUAGGGCAGUUUACUUGCCAGUCUCAGGGGAGGAGGAGUUAACAGGCUGAGGCAGUUUGUGGAACUGUCUUGAGUUUGAGGGCCAGUUUGGGGGAUGUCUUCGGUUUUGCUGGUCAGUUAACAGGCUGAUGCAGUUUGGGGGACUAUCCUGAGUUUGGGGGCCACUUUGAGGGAUAUCUUGGGACGGUUAUCUGAAUGAGGCGGGGCUCUGAAAAGAGCUGCUGAGGGGGACUUUACACUCUGCCAACUCGUUUCUCAGCAGAGCAGGCAACUCUCCCUGGAAAUGAAUUCUCCUCUGAGGGCGUUUCUCUCCCGGGGAGUGAGGCUGGGGGCACAGUGGCACCCACAGAAGAUGUUCUCUUCCCUCUUGGCAGGACUCAGCCCAGCAGCAGCCCGGAAGAGGAAGCGCCGCGGCCGUGAGCAGCAGCUGCUGGGGAGCUGGUCCCUGCGCACCAAGCAGCUUGCGGCGCCCCCUCCCUUCCCCGGCCAGCAUCGCGUGGGGCAGGCCUGGCGAAGGGGAGGAGCGCGCCGGGCGGGCUGAGCUCAGGGUGCAGAUGGACGCGGACAGGUUCCAGAGUACUUCAGGUUCUGCACAGGAUCUGUGCCUCUUGGUCAUAAUCUCGUGUCCAUUUGUGGAUCAAGGGUGACUGACUCCCUCCCAGAAGUGCGACGCCUGACAACAUGGCCAUGAGAAUGGGGGAAAGUAGCUGCCCCACCAAAGGCAAGUCAAAGGCCGAAGAUGGCUCUGGUCGGGUGAUCACCAUUGUCUUCCUGGCACUCCUUGUAGACCUGCUGGGAUUCACUCUUAUUUUGCCACUCCUUCCUUCAAUCCUUGAGUAUUACAGCAAGAAUGAUGAUGGUUUCUAUCUAUCAUUGCAGCAUGGCGUGGACUGGUUUGCUGCAGUGUUUGGGGUACCUCUGGAGAGGAAGUACAACACUGUCUUGUUUGGAGGUCUGAUUGGCUCCGUCUUUUCCAUCCUGCAGUUUUUUUCCUCUCCGCUCACGGGCGCUGCAUCUGACUGCUUGGGGAGAAGGCCGAUCAUGUUGUUGACAGUGGUGGGGUUGAUAGCAUCAUAUGCACUCUGGGCUAUUUCUAGGAGUUUUGGUAUUUUUCUUCUCUCCAGAGUCCUAGGUGGAAUAAGUAAAGGGAAUGUCAGCCUGUCUACUGCUAUAAUUGCUGACCUGCACUCUCCAAAAGCUAGGAGCAAGGGCAUGGCAAUGAUUGGUGUUGCUUUCUCACUUGGAUUUACCGUGGGUCCUAUGAUUGGAGCUUACCUUGCCAUGGAAACAGGAAAAGGAGAAGUCUUCUAUCUUCGGUCAGCUUUGCUUGCACUCAUGUUUGCUGUUGCUGACUUAAUUUUCAUCUUCUUCCUGCUUCCGGAGACACUCCCCAAAGAAAAACGGGUAUCCUCCAUGAUGUGUGGAUUUCAGGCAGGGAGUGACUUGCUUAGUCCGCUGGCUUUGUUUCAGUUCUCUGCAGUCACCAGAGGAAAGGACUCACCUUCGAGGGAGAACCUUCAGAAUCUCAAGGUCCUGGGCCUAGUUUAUUUCCUUUAUCUCUUCCUGUUUUCUGGUCUUGAAUACACAUUGAGUUUUCUCACCCAUCAGCGAUUCCAGUUCAACAGUAUGCAGCAAGGCAAGAUGUUUUUCUUUAUUGGGAUGACAAUGGCUGUGAUCCAGGGAGGCUACACUUGCCGAAUCAGGCCAGGAUGUGAAAUCAAAGCCAUAAAAAGGGCUAUAAUGCUGUUGAUUCCAGCUUUCUUGUUGAUUGGAUGGGCUGGUAAUGUGACGGUGCUGAGUGCUGGACUGUUGCUCUAUUCUUUCGCCGCUGCCAUUGUUGUUCCCUGUUUGUCAGCAGUGGUGUCAGGCUAUGGCUCAGCCAGUCAGAAGGGAACAGUAAUGGGAAUUCUGAGGAGCCUGGGGGCCCUAGCAAGAGCUCUGGGACCAAUCUUGUCAGCAGCAGUUUAUUGGCUGGCAGGAGCUGAGGUUUGCUUCACUGUUUGUGCAGUUUUGUUCCUGCUUCCCCUCAUUCUUCUUGGUUACAUAAAGCAGCAAACAAAGGAGGAAUAAUCAAAGAGAGGAGCAACAUUAUGACUAGUACAGAACUACUCAUUUUCCAAGGGCCUGCUAAAGUGGUGGAGAGUCAGCUGUCAAGAAGCGAUUUAAAAUGGAACAAUACUGUGUUUUGAGUUACUGGAAGGCCAACUCAAAUUCCACUUGCCAGUAUACACACCAUUGUCACAAAAUUGUUUUUUCUUACACACAGCCAAUCCUCAAGGAGAUGGAAACCCAGCUACAGUUAUUCUCUCCAGCAUUGCCUCUCAGUUUGACUAGCGUUGAGAUCAGAAGUAUCUGAUUCAAGUGUGUGUCAUUCAGCAAGUUGUAUUCCUGCUACAUAAAAUGGUGACAUCAUACCAGCUACAUGGGCAGAAAAAGAUUGAAUUCAACAAACUCAGACUCACUCCACAACAGAAUUUCAUGCUUAAAUUACCUACAGUUCCCAACCAGAUGCUAUAUGUAAAAUGCCAUCAUUUCUCAGAAUCAUGUGCACAGUAUGGUUUUUGCAUAUCCUUCCUGUGCCCAUUUCAUUUUAAUCACUGGCUGCUCUUAGAGAAUAUGGAUUAGCAGAGUUUUCAGGCACCUACAUAGUGGAGAACUUGAUCAAGACCCAGCCACCUCAAUUGGUUCAUGGUGAGACAAUAUAACCCCUCCCCCAUUUUGUGAUCAUAUUGAGAUUAUUUUGUAUACCCUUUGCACAGCCUCCCUCAGUUAGUGGAAUUUGUUAGGGGCAGGUCUCUUUGGUAAAAUUUAUAUCUAGUGCCUUAAGCUGGUGGGUUUUUUUUUUUUUUUUGGGUGGAGGUUGGUACCCUGAGUUUUGUAUGACCUGUGAGAAAGCCUUCUAUCAAUCUUGACUCCAUUUAUGAUCCCUUGGCAGAACAGUAGGAAUAAACAAGUGACCUAACUGUUAUAUACACCUCUAUCCCACUAUAACACGACCCAAUAUAACACUGGUUCACAUAUAA